AUGGUUCAGCAUCUGACAUAUCACUGUAGGUUAUCCUACAACACAGCUUCCAACAAAACUCAGCUGUCACAAACCCCAGGUAACAGAAUUGUUUACCUUUAUACUAAGAAAGGCGGAAAAGCACCCAAAUCAGCCUGUGGUGUGUGCCCCGGAAGACUUCGAGGUGUUCAUGCACUGAGACCUAAAGUUCUUAUGAGGCUAUCAAAGACCAAAAAGCAUGUCAGCAGGGCUUAUGGUGGCUCCAUGUGUGCUGAAUGUGUCCGUGACAGGAUCAAGUGUGAUUUCCUGAUCGAGGAGCAGAAAAUUGUUGUGAAGGUGUUGAAGGCACAGGCACAGAGUCAAAGAAGUAAAUAAAAAGGAUGUUUUUUGAAUAAUAAAGAAAAUUUUUAAAAAAGAAAGAAAGAAAAGAUAGGUGUGAUCCCAAGGUCCUCAGAAGGGAAGUCAGCCCAAGAGCAGUGAAUGAUAUUCACGUCGUCAACUCUGAAGACACAAGGGAAAAUAAUCUCAAUAAGAAGAAAAAGCUGUUAUUCCAAGGGACCAAUAUCAGUGGAAAGAGAACUCACCAACCAACUAAAGUCUUAAAAAGAAAAUGGACAUAGAUAAAUUAGGAGAGGAAGGAAUACCUCUCAGAUCUAUGGAGAGAAGGAUUUAUGACCACACAAGAUCGAGAGAAUAUUAGGAAAUGCAAAAUGGAUGAUUUUGUUUGUUUGUUUUG